UCGUCGUUUAGCAAGUUUUUGAUGAUGCAUGAUCCCAGGUGGACUGAUCUGAGCUGUAAUCUGGAUUAGAUGUAAUAUUUAAUGAAUGGAAAUUAGUUUUUCCUAAAGAAAAGAAUAACUGACUAUCCACUUCACCUAGACAUGUCAAUUAGAAUCGAAAUCCGCAGUCCGAACCUGCAUAUCCCUAAAAAUAUCGGUUUAGGCUUAGUUUUAUAAACAAACAAAAAAUCAGACUUUUCGAACUAAAUCUAUUUGGACUUUGGGUAUUUUAGACAUAAGCCCAUUUGAACUAAGAUCGAAAAUCCGAAAUUUUAUAUUUUAGCUUAAAUAUUAUCAUUUUUGAAUCAAAAUCAUUAUUAGUAUUGACAUAUUAUUUUAAUAUUUUUAUCCAAAACCCUAAUAAAACAAAUAUAAAAUUUGUUAAUUCACUUUAUUGUUUGAUCAUUACAAGUGUCACAUUUUAAAUUUUGCAGAUGUAUAUUCUUCUUUUUUUGUACAACAUAUUUUUAUUUCCAAAUACAAAUUCUUAGUUUUUGUACAACAUGUUUUUUAUUUCCAAAUACUAAUUAUGAAACGUUUGACUAUUUCAAUUUUUUUUAUAUAUUUAGUUUUAAUUUAUUUUUGAUUAUUUAAAUUUUAUUAAAUUUGAUUUGUUUAUAAUAUAUUUUAAAAGCAUACGGAAAAGUAAAAUAUUUUUGAUAAAGAAGAAACGUUUAAGCUUACUUUAUAUUUUAAAACUAAAAAAUGAAACUAUUUUUUUAAUGAAAAUUCACAUAUAUUAAAACGAUGGAAGUGACAAUGACAAAUUAUUUUCCGAAAAGCUCAAAAAUACCUGAAAACUUUAUAGCCCUACAAGGGUCAGACCGGGCUUUGAAUUCUAGGCCCAAAAUAUUUUCGGAUCAGAACCGGGCUCAAAUAUCAACGGAUUUAGUGGGUUUGGACCGAACCGGACCGGGCCAGCCCGGAUUGACACCCCUAACUUCACCUUUAAACAUUAACGUUUAAUAAAUUUAUUUUUUUGGUAUAAAAAGCAACUCUUCUUCCUUCCAUUUUAACUUACAGAACGGCAACAAUGGAGAAAGCUCUCUCCUGAUCCUUUUUUUUUUUUUGAACUUUAUAUUCAUCUGUUAAAAUCUUCCGUGUCCUUGAAAAAAUGGAAAAUCGGGUGGGGUUCAGAUUCAUUCCGACAGACGAGGAGAUCGUGGACUAUUACCUCAGGCUCAAAAAUCUCGGUGGUGACACGAGCCAUGUAGACAAAGCCAUUAGCACAGUAGAUAUCUGUAGCUUCGAACCUUGGGAGUUACCUAGCAAGUCGAGGAGGGAAUCGAGAGAUCAGAUUUGGUAUUUUUUCGGUCGGAAGGACAACAAGUAUAACAGAGGAGAGAGACAGAGCAGGAAAACCAGGUCUGGUUUUUGGAAGAAAACAGGAGUUACAACGGAAAUAAUCCGAAAGAGAGGGAACCGGGAGAAGAUUGGUGAGAAAAGGGUUUUGGUGUUUCACUCGAAACCCGAAUGGGUUAUGCAUGAAUAUGUUUCUACGUUCUUGACUCCUACUCAGACCACAUAUACAGUGUGCAAAAUAAUAUUUAAGGAUGACCCCAGAGAUUUAUCUUCUUCUUCUUCUUCUGCUCCUGGUGGUGGUGGUGAAGUUGAGCAUAAUCACUCUCAGUUCACACAUAUGAACAACUCUGGUGAAUUUGAGGUGGGUCUUCAUUUGUUUCAGUCAGGAAAUGUGACAACGACUUCAUUUGUAUUCUUCCGUUUUUUUCAGGGGUUACAGAAUCAACGUCACUUUACUGGCUUGCUUGAUGCGGAGAAGGAAACUCAGAUCCAUGAUGCAUUAUGCAGGGGUUUAGAUAAUGUUUCAACUCAUGAUUUGAACUCUUUUAUCAAUUGUGGAAAUAAUGAUGAGGAGGAGCAUGGGAAUCUUUUGUUUAUGCAAGAAAAUCGCAACGAUUACAGACCUAAAAUGUCACUCACCGGUUUCAUUGAUCAUAGUGAUGAUGAGGAUAGUGAUUCUGAUUUGAUAUCUGCAACAACAACUAUAAGGCUCCAUCCAAACCUCGAGCGCUUGUGAUAGUUUUGGUAGCUCAAAUCGUCGCAUAGACCAAAUCACAGACCUACAAAACUCUCCCAACUCAACAACCAAGCUAAUGUCACCAACUCAAGUGGUGAGCCGUAUUCUAUCUCUUUCUUUGUAUGCCUGACAGUCCCUUAGUGCUAAUUAUGCUACUCACAACAUUUUUGGCUUCUAAUUUGAUAUGGUUCAAGGUGAGAAAAACCAGUCUUGAUGCAUCCAAGGAGAAGUAUGAUGUACAAGGGAAUGAAAUGGGAGAGAACUAUAAAAUGGAUCAAGAGGUCAUCAACAAGAAAAGAGGAAGUUUCUUUUACAGGAAAAUCCGAAGCUGCAUCAAGAAAACUCUGCUAUGUUCUUCUAUCCCCACCCAAGAACAUGAUAAUUAAUUAAUAAAUGAGAUCAAGAGCUACCUUUUGUAUUUUCCAAAUUUGCAAAAGUUCUAUGUUAUGUCUUAUCUUGUUUUGUGACUUUUUUCUCGUAUUAUAUGUCCUUAUGUGUAUAAAUAAUAAAGGCGAAUUGUGAUAACAAGUUGCAUGAAAAGACAAAGUUGUCAAAUUCAUUUGGACGUAGCAUCAACCUGUACUCAAACGAUCCUACCUAACCUUUACAAGAUACAUCAGAUUCAACAAAGUAAACAAACAUUAAUAUCGAAUCAAAAUACAUUAUACAAGUAAAAACUCUAUAAAUUAAUAUUCGAUAAAUUAAUAAACACCAUAAAUUAAUAAAUUUAGAAAACUCCUAGAUAAUUAUAUGGUUUCAUUAAAAUCAUACAUUAAUAAUUACCAUACAUAUACAAAUUUUUUGUUUUAUAUUUUUCUUCAAAAUAAAUUUCAUCUCAAAUUUUAAUUUUAGUUUUACUAAAUUGCAUAUAAAAGUGAAUUUGUAUUAUAUAAUGUGUAUUCAUCAUAUACAUAAACUAUAUCAAAUACUCUGAUAAAAUAGUUAAAGUUCAAAUCUAUAAACUCUAACCAAUAUAUUUUUCAUUUUUACACUAAAAAUAUUUUAAAAAAUAAAAGUUUUAAUAAAGUUUUAAAUUAAUAACUCUAUAAAUUAAUAAAUCUUAAGAGUCUCAACAUUAUUAAUUUAUAGAAUUUUUACUGAAGUGAUGACAAAAAAAAAAGAUUUUUUACUGUAAGUAUACCACGUGCAAUGUUGUCAUGUUAAUGUUCAAGUCCAAACCCCACUAGAGUAACGCUAACUUUUAUGUUUCUUCCUCUUUGUUUUAAGUAUAUACAGUGAACAAAUACUUGAAACACAAUUGUUUUACCAAAAUACUUUAGUAUUAACACGAAUCUUGCCAGACUCAACAGUAUCUUUUUUCACUAUAUUAGUAAAUAAUUUAGUCAGAUAAUUAAUCUUGUCGAUAAAAAAA